AUGAAAUUCGUCUGGGGUUUAGUCGUUGUUUUGCUGGCAGCUGCCUAUGUUGUCGAUGCCCGUUCCAUUGCCAAACAGCCUGCCAAACAAGGUCGUCUCAUUGCCGGUGCUGUGGCCAUUAAGAAAUUGGUUUUGUUGAAAUUCAAGAAAAUCGUUCCCAUUUCAUUGAUUUUGUUGAAAUCCAGCAACGAAAACGAAGCUGAAUUGGUUCCUGUCUAUCCCACAUCUGAAAUUCCCGCCGAUGUCCAAUUCAUUCCCACUCCUAAUGGCAUUUCUGGUCAUAAGGAUGUCCAAGCCAUCGCCAUCCCCACUGAAUUCCAUCAACAAUUGCAAGCUCAUGGUUUGACCGAUUUGGAAGCUAUUGAAAAUCUCCUUAACGAAGCUGAAGAAAACGAACAAGGUGAAAGCUCUGUCGCUGUUGCUGAACCCCUUAAUGCUGAAGAAGAACCUUUGAACGUCAACGAAGAUGAUGAAAGUGCUCCCUUGAAUUUCUCCGCCGAUGAAGUUGCUCCCAAGAAAAAUUCCGGUCCAUCGACCCGUCGCUUUGCCGGUGACAAUCAAAGAACUGGAGUAAAAACUGAAACUAGCGUCGAAGAAGUUCCCAUCUAUUUGUACUCUACCUCCGACAAUACCCAUGUUGUGAAACAUAAGAUUGGUGCUCGUCGUUAUAAGAAACACUAG